UUGCAGGAAAGCAGUGAUUCUGAACUUGAUCCUGAUCUGGUCGGUCCACCAACGAAACGAAUUCGCAGAUCAGCAAGCGAUUUGAGGUACGAAAGAUCCGAAGAAGAAACGAGACGUGAAAGGAAAGUGAAAGAAAAGAACAACGACGAGUUGAAGAAAAUGGAACGGAGGUAUGUGGUUCCGUGUUCAUCCCCAAUUCUUUUGUGUUAGUU